AUGUACAUAAACCCCCUUACUCCAAUGCCCCUUUCCCUCUCGACACCCAUUUCACAAUCAUCCUCUGACCUCCCCGUUCCCCAUUUCUCCGCCACCCAAACCGCCUACGCCAUCGGCACGCUUUCCAAGGAGGCGAUCGCGUGUUUAGAGCAGCAGGCCAUGACGUCAGCGCGCGCCGUCGUGGAAAAGUACAUGCGCCGAUGCGCCCACGCCGAUGUGGACUGCGAUUGGCGGAUAGCGUGUGGCGACGAGAGGGACGUGAUCUGCCGCGAGGUGAUGCGCGUGUGUGCCGACGUGCUCAUUGUCGGCACCAGGAGCCUGCCGGCCGCCAAAAAAGCUCUACUCGGCUCAGUCAGUGAAUACUGUGCGCACCACAGUGCAUGCCCGGUAAUCAUUGUGAGGCCCAAGGAGCUCAAGUCGGAAGUCAUCGCUGCACAGCGAUCUGUAGUCAGUGAAGCCCUCCCGCAGGGAUGUUAA